AUGACUGUUUAAGCGGAACUAACAGCAUCAUUACCGCCUUAGACACUCAACAACAACUUACGGAACUGCUCAGUAAAUCAGGAUUUAAGCUGAGAAAAUGGUGCUCAAAUAAUACACGACUCCUACAAAACAUUCCGAUAGAAGACCAAGAAAUCAACCUUGAUUUAGAUGACUCAGCCAUAAAGCCAACAAAAACAUUAGGCAUUAUUUGGCUCCCGAAAUCAGACGAAUUUUGCGGUAAGGCAGAGAUGUCAUCGGACUUAGCUCGAAUUUUUGAUCCUUUGGGAAUUUUUGGCCCCAUUACUGUAACAGCUAAAAUAUUCAUGCAGGAAUUGUGGCAACAAAACUAUUCCUGGGAUGCGGAACUGUUACCUCAGGCUCAGCUAGAAUGGAAGCGGUUUAGAAAUGACUUACAAACAUUAAAUACUGUGAAAGUACCCAGACAUAUUUUUAAUUCGACGGUUCCCUGUUCGAUUCAAUUACACAUGUUUACGGAUGCAUCAGAGAAGGCAUAUGGAGCAGCUAUGUACGUGCGAGCAAUAUAUAAUGAUAAGACAAUAACAUCGAGACUAUUGUGCGCCAAAUCUAGAAUAGCACCAUUAAAGAAACAGACACUUCCACGACUAGAACUCUGCGCAGCAUUGCUGGGAGUCGAAUUAGCAGAAAGAGUUAAACAAGAUUUAAAGUAUCAAAACGUGCCAACCUACUUUUGGUCCGAUUCCAAAAUUGUUUUGUCAUGGAUAAUAUCUUCAUCUGCCUCAUUGCACACAUUCGUAACAAAUCGUAUUAGCAAAAUUCAAGAGAUGUCACAUGCUGAUCAAUGGCAUCAUGUGGCAUCAAAGGAUAAUCCUGCUGACAUCAUUUCCAGAGGAAUAAAGCCAAACCCAAAGGCAUUUAACAUCUCAACUGAUAUCGAAAGACGACAAGGACAUACAGUUAACAUUAUCAUUCAAACGACUAGUUCUGAUCACAUGAUAAAUCAAAUUGAUCAUCGAAACUCAUUCAGAUACCUCCAAAGAACAAUUGCUUAUGUUCGCCGUGUAUUUCAUCGCACACAAUCACCAACAAGAACACUUUCUCCAAAAGAAUUACGAGAUGCAUUAGUCUUCAUAAUUAAAACUAUUCAGGGCUCAGAAUUUGCAAAGGAAAUCUCUGAUUUAAAACAAUGUAAAGCAGUCAACAGUUCAAGUCAACUAAAUACUUUAGCACCGUUCAUUGACGAACAAGGUGUACUUCGUGUUGGAGGAAGGCUUGAAGCAUCAACAUUGCCAUAUGAUGCUAAACACCCAAUGGUAAUUCCUUACAAUCACUCAAUAGUGAAAUUGAUGUUCAAAAUGAAACAUGAAGAAAAUUCCCAUUGUGCUCCACAAUUAUUGCUAAGCAUAAUGAGACAAAACUUCUGGCCGAUUAAAGGAAAGAUUAUGGCGCGAAACAUUGUUCACAGCUGUGUCAUCUGUUCAAAGGCAAAACCAAAACUGAUGGACCAACUCAUGGGCAACUUACCGACUGAUCGAGUUACUCUGACUAAACCAUUUUUUACCACAGGAGUUGAUUACUGUGGCCCGAUAUGGAUUCAUUAUAAAAUUAGAGGAAAAAGGCCAACAAAGGCAUAUUUAGCAGUAUUUUGCUGUUUCGCGACUAAGGCUGUUCACCUAGAAGUGGUGAGUGACCUGACAACAGAGGCAUUCAUAGCCGCUAUUCAACGUUUUAUCAGCAGAAGAGGAAGAUGCCAAACAAUUUAUAGUGACAAUGCGACUAACUUUGUUGGGGCGAGAAACCAACUACAAGAGCUCCAGUCUACCAUUUAUUCAGAAAAUGGAAAAGAAAAGAUCAUUAAGACCAGUAGUAACAAGGGAAUUGACUUCAAAUUCAUUCCACCAAGAGCUCCUCAUUUUGGAGGACUCUGGGAAGCUGCCGUCAAGUCAGCUAAACAUUUAAUGAUUAAAGGAAUUCUCAACGCUUCAUUGACUUAUGAGGAAUUGACAACAGUCAUAACUGAAAUAGAAGCCAUGUUAAAUUCAAGGCCAAUAACAAAAAUGUCAUCCGAUCCAAAUGAUCUAACAGCGCUUACACCAGGAGAUCGAAAGGUUUCAAAAUGGCACAGCAGCACUUCAGCAAUUGUGCCCAUUGUUACAGCAUCAAGAAAGCUGUUAUGA